AUCUUUGUAAAAAGAAAUGAUAUUGAGCCCACCAACUUUUGCGACCUUGGAAAUUGAUUGCUGCCUGCUAUUAUAUAUUGAGAAGUAAAACUAAAGAUUUCCAAUGCCUCGAAAGUCAGGAAAUUAUGGCUCUACAUGGAUUUCCUAAGUUCCUUCCAAAUGCAUGCCCAUUAAAAUUUCAGCAUCUAUCUAUAUGGAGCGAUGCUUCUACGAAUAAAAUAGACGAAACCUUUCCUCCUCGCAAAAAGAGGGGGGUACGUGUUUCCCAAGGAUGAUGCUCUUGCAAGUGAUCAACAUGAUAUGGAUCGUUGGUGUCAUAUUAAUAUUAGAAAUGGCAGCCUCUGCAACAAUUCUAGCAGCAGUAGCAGCUCCAUUAACAAAGCUUAAUUGCAGUGACCGGUGUGGAGAUGUUAAAAUUCCAUUUCCAUUUGGCACUUCUGAAAGGUGUUAUCUCGAUCAUAAUUACUUCGUCAACUGCACAUACGAUUCUUCCAGCAAAACCCCCCAGCUAAUGUAUGGAGAUUUCGUUGUUCAGAACAUUUCCCUCGAAGGUCAAUUUGAGUUAAUCUUUAGGUACCCUGUCUAUGAAUGUUUCAACGAGUUGGGUACCCUUGCGAAUCGUAGUCGUUUCCUUGUAAAUUUCUCCAGUUCAUUUUCUUACACCCACAACGUGUUCGUGGCCAUUGGUUGUGACACUAUUGCUUACCUUAAUGGUACCAAGAACAAUGGAAACUUCUCCACGGGAUGCCUCUCUGUUUGUGAAAACACUAACGAUGUGGUCAAUGGGUCUUGUUCUGGAAUUGGGUGUUGCCAGGGAGAGAUUCCAAAAGGAUUGACGGAAUCUAGUUUAGCAGUACAGAGCUUUUCUAAGCACAAAGGAGUAUGGAAGUCCAAUCCUUGUAGCUAUGCUUUCAUUGUUAAAAGAGAUGCGUUCCAUUUCUCUCCCGAAUAUCUUAUUUCAAACGUGUCCAAUAUGACAUUUCCUGUGAUCGUUGAUUGGGGGAUUAGAUAUGAAAAGUGUGAUUUUGCUAGCCAAAAGUCGAACUUCCUAUGCGGAAAGAACAGCACAUGUAAUGAUUCCUGGUAUGGAUACCGUUGCAGAUGCAAUCUCGGUUAUGGUGGAAACCCAUACCUCCCUAAUGGUUGCCAAGAUAUUGACGAGUGCGCACUCGGGAAUAAUUGCACACAUCCGAAACGCUGUAAAAACACAUACGGGAGUUAUAAAUGUUCUUGCCCCAAAGGGAAACGAGGGGACGGAAGAAAGGAUGGAACCGGUUGUUUUGUGAAUGGCCCACUGAUUGGUGUUGGUAUCGGCACAACCAUCUUAGUGCUACUAGUUGGAAGCGCUGGGGUAUAUUGGGUAAUACAAAUAAGAAAAAUCAGUAAGCUCAGACAGUUAUGCUUCAAAAUUAAUUGUGGCCCAAUGUUACUUGAACAACUCUCUAAUCACCAAGGAUCGAUGAAACCAGUUAGAAUCUUCAGUGAAGGAGAACUUGAGAAGGCUACUAAUAAUUAUGACGAGAGUAGAAAGCUUGGCCAAGGAGGCGAUGGAACAGUUUAUCGAGGAGUAUUAACAGAUAAUAAAGUGGUUGCUAUUAAAAAGUCCAAAACUGGUGAUAAAAACCAGAUUAAACACUUCAUAAAUGAAAUGAUUGAGCUUACUAAAAUAAACCACAAGAAUGUGGUUAAACUAUUGGGUUGUUGUUUGGAAACAGAAGUGCCCUUGCUAGUUUAUGAAUUCAUCGGAGAUUGGACACUUUUUGACCAUAUCCAUGAUAAAGACAAGUCAUCUUUACUCUCAUGGGAAAAGCGUUUGAAGAUAGCAACAGAAGCUGCAGGAGCCCUUGCAUACCUACAUUUUGAAACUUCCAUACCAAUCAUACACGGAGAUGUGAAAUCUGCAAAUAUACUUUUAGACGAGAAUCAUACAACAAAAGUUGCUGACUUUGGAGCUUCAAGACUAGUUCCUCUUGAUCACACGCGAUUAGAGCAAGGAACAUUUGGGUACUUGGACCCUGAAUACUUACGCAGUGGCCAAUUAACAGAAAAAAGUGAUGUCUAUAGCUUUGGUGUUGUUUUGGCAGAGUUACUAACAGGUGAGGAGGUAAUUUCUUUGGAAAGGGUAGAAAAAGAUAAAAAUCUAGCAACAUACUUUGUUUCUGCUAUAGAAGAUGAUCGCCUACUAGAAAUUAUCGAGUGCCACAUUAAAAAUGAAGGCGAUGUUGAAGAGCUAAACGAAGUUUCGUAUAUUGCAAAAAGGUGCUUAAGCAUAAAUGGAAAGAAAAGGCCUACCAUGAAGGAUGUGGCAAAGGAGCUAGAGGGAUUGAGAAGUAAGAAAAAGCUUUCAAAUGAGAUGGUUGAUCUCUUGAGAGAAGAAACCAAGAGCUAUUUGAAUCCUGAUGCUGGCAUUGCCAAUUCUUCGACCAGUACCACCAUUGAUAGCAUUAUGCAAUUUCUACCCACCUGUUGCUCCAUGAUUCCUCUGUUCUGAAGACAACCUCUUUCUCUGCUCAGCGUCACAGCUCUUCCAUCGCUACCCACCACCAUGCAGUACGACUUCCUCCAAAUCUUUUUCUGUUCCUUAGUCCACCCCUUGUAGUGCUUCCUUGCUCUCCGAUCCCAGAAUUAUCUCUCACGGCCUCUUAGCCUCCAUCAUCCUCCAAUCCUUUGACUUUCAUUCUCCCUUUUUUCUCUCACACUUUCUUUACCAUCUUUUUCUUCUCACUCACCUUUUAUAGACCCUCAUGAGAGGCUACGUAAGUGUCCAAUUUGGUCUCCGCUUUUGUGAGAGCUUGUUCUUUUGUAUGUUCAAGAUCAAGUAUUUAAUUUUUAUGCCUUUUGUGUGUAAAAAGACUUGUAGUAUCUUAAUGUUUGAGUGCUUGUAAUAAAGCUGUGUUUCUUUUUCACUUUUUAUGCCUUUGUGUGUAAAAAGACUUGUAGUAUCUUAAUGUUUGAGUGAUUGUAAUAAAGUUGUGUUUCUUUU